AUGCCCAGCCCCGGACCGCGAGGCUGCCGGCCGCCAACCACCUCGGGUGCCCGGGUCCAGCCCUCGCGCUCCGGCCGCUCUCCCGCGCCCGCGUCUCCUGCGCGGCCGCGCCACUCGGGAGGCCCAGGCCUUCCCCGCACGCCCGGACGCUUCGAGUCCUCCUUCUCCGUCGAGGCCAUCCUAGCCAGACCCGACCCCGGCGCGGCCACUGCCUCCCCGCUGUCAGUCUCCCGCGGCGCCGCCGGGGGCCUCUGGACCGCGGCCUCCCGGCCUCCCGCCCCGGCUCUGCCCGGCGCGUGCCCGGCGACGUGGCUGCCCACCUACCUGAGCGCGGCGCUCGACCCGCCGUGCCCCCAGUCCCUUGUGCUGCCGCUGCGCGCGGCCCACUUCUGCGGCCUCCGGGGCCUCGGCGUCACAGGCUUGGAGCUGGCUCACUGCUUAGGCCUCUGGGGUCCCCGAGACUGGGCCCAAGCGCAGGCCCUUCAGAACACGGAGAGAUCCCAAAAGAGGGUUCGAACCAUGUUUAACUUGGAGCAGCUGGAAAAGUUGGAGAAAGUGUUUGCAAAACAGCACAAUCUAGUGGGAAAGAAGAGAGCCCAGCUGGCAGCCCAGCUCAAUCUUACAGAGAACCAGGUGAGAGUCUGGUUCCAAAACCGCAGGGUCAAGUAUCAGAAGCAGCAAAGGCUGAAGCUGCCAGCUGCAUCAGCCACGGCUGCCUCCGCAGAUGAGCCCUCCAGCAGCUCCGACACCACCAUCCAGAGAGAAGACGCAGAGUCAGGAAUGGACAGCCGAGGACUGGGACAGAGGCUCAGCCCAGGCUAUCUGGACUAG